AUGGGUUUUCCAAUGUUAAAAGUAACAGCUCAGAAUGCGCUUCUUCCUGAGAAGGUGGCCAGUCGACUGUUGAGAAUUCAAAUCAAGGAUCUUGACGAUAAUCAACCAUCGUUUGGCGAGAUUGAUGGGUCACUUCGACGAGUUUUCACGGUGGACAAUGAUCAGAACAGAGAACACUUGGACAAUAUAGGCACUGUGCACGCAGAUGAUCCUGAUGGAGCGCCAUUCAAUUCGAUUUAUUACUAUCUACUUCCAUCUUGUUCGAAUCGCGAUGGAAAAUUCUCAAUUGAUGAGCGUAGUGGAAUGGUUCAAGUGAACAAUUAUGAGGCAUUGCAGAGCGCUGAAUAUCAUCUUUGCGCACUGGCCAGUGCGUAUCAACAAUCAGCACCACCCGAAAUAGCGUUUGACAAUCGAAACGAGAGUAUGCUUGCAUUCACCGUUGAAGUAACACCUCUCAAAAUGGCUCAACUCUUCCGAGUUCAGUCUGCAAUACGUUUCGAUAACAACACCAUCACGACAUUCGGUGAAAAUAUCUACACUCCAAUUCCGAUCACAAUGGAUCGUAGUGAUCCAUCGUCUUCAAAUUUGGAAUAUGUUCUGGAUUCUGUCGCUUUUAUACCUUCUGAGACAUCGUCUCAAUCAAUGGCUGCAGAAACUUCUCAGCCAUCUGAGGCCAACGAGUACUUCGUCGUUGAUCCAGAAACUGCUAAUGUUUAUAUAGAUCCCAGUUUGAUGCAUCACGACGAGGGUGUUUUCAAAUUGCGCAUAAAUGUCAUUCAGUCGACAAUGAACACAAGUAUGGCUCGUCUUUAUAAACAGGUUCGUGGAUUUGUUUUGGUGGAACUUAUUCAAAUAUGA